AUGGCCACCAGAUUUCGUGAAUUCUCCACUACAAGCAGAACAUUGCUCGAUGUUAGUUACUCGUCAGAUAGCGCCACGUCCCCAGUCACCACGAUUCGAGGGACAAAGGAACCGGGGGCCUUGUUAGUGAAUGUCAAGGAGCACAAUGGCAUUGAAGCUCAGGCGGAACAGCCGACACCUGUAGAACUAAGGUGUUCACCUCUUGUUAUGGUUACAGCCAGGCGCAUUACUGUCGAGGUAUUUGUUAAAGUGAACAAUGAAACAUGUUGGACCAGAGGAAGGCGGAAGACGGAAGACGGAAGACUCGA